AUGGCUACCCCGGGUGCUCAGAUCUCCAAGCGGAGAAAGUUCGUCGCCGACGGUGUCUUUUACGCCGAGCUGAACGAGUUCUUCCAGCGCGAGCUGGCCGAGGAGGGCUACUCCGGCGUCGAGGUCCGCGUCACCCCGACCGUCACCGACAUCAUCAUCCGCGCCACCCACACCCAGGAGGUUCUUGGCGAGCAGGGCCGCCGCAUCCGUGAGCUCACCUCGCUCAUCCAGAAGCGCUUCAAGUUCCCCGAGAACAGCGUCUCCCUCUACGCCGCCAAGGUCCAGAACCGCGGUCUGUCCGCCGUCGCCCAGUGCGAGUCCCUGCGGUACAAGCUGCUCAACGGCCUGGCCGUCCGCCGUGCUUGCUACGGUGUCCUGCGCUUCAUCAUGGAGAGCGGCGCCAAGGGCUGCGAGGUUGUCGUCUCGGGUAAGCUCCGUGCCGCCCGUGCCAAGUCCAUGAAGUUCACCGACGGCUUCAUGAUCCACUCCGGCCAGCCCGCCAAGGACUUUAUCGACUCGGCCACCCGCCACGUCCUGCUGCGCCAGGGUGUUUUGGGUAUCAAGGUCAAGAUCAUGCGCGGCUCCGACCCCGAGGGCAAGGCCGGCCCCCAGAAGUCGCUGCCCGACUCCGUCACCAUCAUCGAGCCCAAGGAGGAGCAGCCCGUCACCCAGCCCAUCAGCCAGGACUACGGUGCCAAGGCUGCCCAGCAAGCCGCCGCCGCCGAGGCUGCGCGCGCUGCUGAGGCUGCCGCCGCGGCACCUGCAGACGAGGAGGCUGCCCCCGCUGAGCAAUAUGGUGGUGGAGCGGGAGCUGGUGUGAGUGGCGGCGGCGAGCAAGGUUUGGGCAGCGGCGGCGGCAUCGCCCCGGGCAGUCUGGCUGCACCUGGAAUCAUGAUGCGAAACGACAACGACGACGACAACAUCAUCGUCCUCGACCACAUUCCUGCCGACGUUGCAGGCCAGUCUGUGGGCUUCCUCAGCGGUGACGCGUUGUACGACGAGCCCACCGUGCAGGUGCCCAUGGGCAUCCAGUUUGGCGGCGCCUACGAUGUCGAGCAUGGCAACCUCCAACGAUGGUAA